AUGAUGUACCAGCACUACAAAUUACGAGUCAAGGGCCCCUUACGUUCUCUUUCCCGACAGAACGGGAUCGGUCGAGUUUGGGGGACGCCGACUCGGACGCUUACUUCCGCAGCUGCGCCUCCUGUGCGGCGUCUGGGCUUUCAACGGACUCCGCCUGGAAGCCCUUUCACUGUUUUUUGCCUCCUCCGCCCGCCGCAUGAGCGGCGGCGGCGGCGGCCCCGCUCUGGGGGUUCCUUCGGCGCCGCGCGUCAUGCGUGUUCGUCGUUAUAUUUAUCGCCGCGCUGUUCGCCGCGCGCUCCUCGUAUCGUGCUCUCGUUCUGCGCCUCCGCCGCCCUCCGCCGCCGCUGGAACGCUGGCGACGAGCCGGCGGCGUCGUUCUUGAGGCGGCACCUGCACCUGCACCAUCAGCCGCCGGUCUUCACCUACGAGCAGCUCCACGCGGCGACUGGCGGCUUCGACGCGCGCCGCAAGAUCGGCGACGGCGGCUUCGGGUCCGUCUUCCUCGCCGACCUCGGCGACGGCCGCCUCGCCGCCGUCAAGCGCCUCCACCGCCACCCCCAAUCCCCCGCCGCCGCAGCCCCGAUCCGGUCCUUCUGCAACGAAAUCCUCAUCCUCUCCUCGCUCCGCCACCCCAACCUCGUCCGCCUCCACGGCUACUCCGCCUCCCCGCGCGCCCUCCUCCUCGUUUACGACUACGUCCCCAACGGCUCCCUCGCCGACCACCUCCACGCCUCCCCCCGCCGCCGCAGCGCCCUCAGUUGGAGCCUCCGUGUCGACGUCGCGCUCCAGACCGCGCUCGCCGUCGAAUACCUGCACUUCGCCGUAAAACCCCCCGUCGUCCACCGCGACGUCACCUCCGCCAACAUUUUCAUCGAGGCCGACAUGCGCGUCCGGCUCGGCGACUUCGGCCUCUCGCGCCUGCUCACGGUGCCUGACGCGUGCUCGACCGACGGCUCCAGAGAGCUCGUGUGCUGCACCGGCCCGCAGGGCACGCCCGGCUACCUGGACCCGGACUACCACCGGUCCUUCCGGCUCACGGAGAAGAGCGACGUGUACAGCUUCGGCGUGGUGCUGCUGGAGCUGGUGACGGGCAUGCGGGCGGUGGACGGGAGGAGGGAGCGGAGGGAGGCGGCGCUGGCGGACUUGGUGGUGGGGAAGAUUCAGGUCGGGGAGCUGCGCCAGGUGGUGGACCCAGCGUUGGUGGGGAAUGGGAGGAGCGAGGCGGAGGAGCAGGCGGUGAUGCGGAGCAUUGAGGCGGCCGCUGAGCUGGCGUUUAGGUGUGUGGCUGCUGAUAAGGAUGACCGGCCGGAUGCGAGGGAGCUGGUCGAGGAGCUGAGGCGGAUCCACGGUAAACUACAGGAGAUUCCCAGUAAAGGGUCUUAGCCGAAGAAAGAUGGUGUCGGUAUCAUUCUCCUUCAAAAAAUAUCCACAUUUGUGAGUGACUCAGCAUAUCUAAGAUACAUAAAACCGGAGCUGUGAGGAGAAUUCCUUUCCGUUACUACUGUUUUGCAUUGAGCUAUCCAUUUCUCAUUGGUAUCUAUCAAAUUCCAAUAGGGGUUAUGGGUAUCUUACCCCGGUCUGUCGGAUAUGGAUGAUCACAAUCAACUCAAGAAAGUGAAAUCAGAAACUUUUUGCCUUUGGAUGGCCUAUCAGGAGUUCUACUCGGUUGCCAUUAUGCAAUUUUGUGUCCUUGAUUGUGAUGGCAAUCGUAUUGGCUUCUAUAGUGGGUAUGCAAAUGGACACAUAUUUAGCAGAGAAUCUCCAUCUAAAGUUAGAAUGGAUGCAAUCAGAGCAAGCUGAUUUAUGCAAUUCCUAUGAGUUUCUACAUUAGUAACAUUUAGCAAACGAAGGUCCAACUUUCCAGUAAUUCGAAGAGGAGUUUUUUUAUAGAAUUGCUCGAGAAUUAUCCAAGAAGAAAAAUGGUGAGGCUAACUUCUGCAACUUUGUGCGGUCAUUUCACGAGUUUUAGAAGCCGUGCGAGCCAACGAUGAGUCUGAAAUCUUUGCUAACUUCAAUUAAGCUGAAAGAAAACUUUUGGCAGCUGAGGGAGAAAUUAUAACUAAAUGUUUCAUAAUGAAGGCAUCAUCCAUUUUAUUAUGCCUUUCUGAAUUUUAAUAUUGUUUUGAAAUGUUGACCAAAAUAGGCUGACAAGUCGAGGCACUCUAUAUAAACAAAUGCUGCCAGGAUUUGAGCAUACUGUCAAGGUUGCAGUUCUUGCAUGCUUAACGGCUUUAUGACGGUAUGUAGAUGAAUAGUUAGCAAUCGGCAGUCACAGAGAAGGUGGGAAGCAUAUUGUUUUGGCUUUGUUGUGGUCAUUCAGAAUUUAAACUCUGAUGAAGGAUUCAUGGAUCUACAUUGAUCAAGAACCAAAAUUCUGCCGAUGUGAUUUGAACCUUAUGUAGGCGGCGUGUUAAUGAUGGUCAUUUCUAACAUGCUGUUCUCUUUGAUGCUGGAAAUGCCUCUUUUCUGUUAGCAAAAAUGCAGUACAGUUGGUAUGGUUUCGCACCAUAGUUUAGCGCGUGUGCAUUCAAAUUCUUGGUUAUGGUAUUCAAAGAUCGCUGUGUUGUAUUAUGCCUGCCCAAAAUGUUAGACGAUAGUUAAUCCACCGUCUACGGUUAAUCGAUGAAGUCAUUAUUGUUUGUAUGUUACUUAUAUCUGAGGGGAACAUGUUGCAAAAGUCGGUUCGAAUAUUCAGAUUUUAGCUUCUAAUAUGAAGGAAUUUGCAAAUCUGUGCGUAUGCUAAGGUGGGUGAAUGAUCCAAUUCUCUGUAAUAUAUUGCCAACUUGCCAUGUAGUUCUUUAACUUGAGCUUGCUCAGAGUUUCGACAGAUGCUCGUCAUCAAUGUUCUCGAGGCCUGCUGGCCUCAUGAGGAUGCAACAUGUCUUACACAAAAGGAACUUCGGAGGAUCGACCCGAAACUUUAUGAAGAAUACAUUAGUCGCAAUUUGUCAGAGCCGAAUUUUCCAAGCUGGGGACAGUUGAUUGGGAUCCAGGUCCUUUCUAAAUUUAUACUUGUCGUCGGAACCGUAUUCAGAAUACUUGGUUGGAUGAUGGACCGGUGCAAGAAGCUUGACUUGAAUCCGAGUCUAAUUCAAAUUCAUUCGGUGGAUUGAUUUUGAAAGUUUUUUUAGAUUAGGAUUUUUAUUUGAAAGUUUUAGUUGAUUUGGAAGUUGUAGAUUAUAAUUCUAUUCCUUUUUACAACUCUGUUCUGAAUUCUCCUAUGAGAAUUUGUGUAAUUUUCAAUUUAGGAUUCCUAGUUGUAUUCUUAAUCGUUUUAACCUAUAUUCUAUAAAUAAAGGUCAAGACCCUAUUGUAAGGCUUGCUUUUGGUUAAUGAGAAUUGAGUUAUUUGAAUUCCUUGUGAAUUUUCUUUGCCUUCUCGAAAGCGUCGAUCAGAGUGUUCGGCCAGACAGCAAGUCCAUGGAUUAUCUUUUCCACCAUUUUAGAAGUUCUAACAAAGCAGCUAAGAUCCGACGAUCGAAAGAAGUUAAGCCGAUUCGCCCCCGUGCGUACAAUGGAUCUGACUCUACGGAAACUCAAAGGAAUCAAUGUUUGAAAAGACGCAUGCCUGCAUGCAUAGGCAUGGUUUCCUAAGGCUGUUAGGUGAAGCGCCCUCGUGGCCUAGACCCAUGCCUUUUCUCUGGCAAAAGGCGCAGUUAGGCACGUAUCUCGCAUGGCAAUCCUGGUGAGUUACUUCUAAACAUGGUUGAAGUUUCUUAUGAUAUGUGGUCCCCUCGAAGUUCUUUAUGCAGGACCAACAAGGAUAUUAUACUUUUGAUUUAUUAUUUUCUUUAAAUUGUGCUUUAUGUUAGAUGUUGUGAUUUCAACUUCUAUAUUGGAUAUGAGAUUUGGAGUACUGAAGUUUCUGAUAUGUUUGUAAAUUAUCUUGUGUGAUCACUUCUUUUUUUUUUUCUCCUUUCAUCACAUCUUGUAUUUGUGUGAACAAUUUAGUCUUUUAGUAUUUCCUUUUGAUUCAAACUACAAAUAGUCAAUUAAAAUUAGACAAUGUAGUGAUUUAACAUGUCAAAUUGUAAAUACAGUAUUAUUUGUCCGCAUAAAUAAAUUUUGAAAGCAGAUGUGGAAAGAUACUUCAAAAGAAAAUCAAAAUUAGAUGUUUCUUGAACUUAGAAGACAAUAGCAACUUAAAUAAACAUCUUUAAGAGAAUUGCUAUGCAAUGUGAAAUUUUUUUGCUAGAGUACUAAUAACUGUGACCCUUGUGCUACAACUCUAUAGUAAUAAAAAGUUUAGAUCUAUGUGGCAAAAUUUUGUUAUUUCUACUCCCUAGUGAAGAAAAUGUGUGCAAGGAAAAUGUCUUGCCUCCUUAAAAAUUGCUGUACUAACAAUUUACUCAUGCUAAUGUGACAGGUUUCAAUGAUUUCUCUUUGAUUAUAUUAAUUAUCAUUCUAUUAAGAAAUUAUACUAUCUUUUUCAUGAAUUGCAUCAAUAGUCCAAUUAAAACAUUCUAUAUCCAUAUGUUCUAAGCAUAGCAUAGCAUAGCAUUACUCAUGCAUAAAUUGAAAUGAAUCUGUUUGCACAUACCUUUUAUUUUAGUUCUCCAUGCCUCCCUCUGUCUUAAUAUAGAACCUGGACAUAAUUGGUUCUUAAAAAAAAGGAGUAACUGUUGAAUCUAUAAAUGAGAAAGAAAUGAGCGUUUGUUCUUUUCUUUUAUUUUCUCUGAAGAUGCUUGUACAUAUGCCGAGGCAGGAAAAAUGUACCGACCAAUUGCGCUCAGCAGUGGUGGUGGUAUGAAAUAUGAAUAUUCGACAGUAAAGCACAUAAUGCUCAUCAAUACAUGUAAAAAACAAGAGUGGCAUUUUGAGCCACCCAUUUAAGAUAGUUGCUCAUGGCCUCCAUUAUUUGAUACAACGACGAAUUUUAUGUGCAAAACGAAUCAAAAAUGAAAUAAAAAAAAUACCGGAAAAAGAAUGGAAAGAACUCCAGUCUCCACUUUCUCGUCAGUUGGUGAGGCUGGUGAGCUUGAGAUAAGCUGCCGCACUUUUUAGAUCGUUCUGUACGCCAUGAUAUUGCUUCUGCAUCAUCGGUUGCACCAGUUCCGUGGAUGAACCACAGCUAACAAAAAAAACAUACAAAAAGUUUUGAGUCAUUGCGAUUCGCUAUAUAUACAUGUGUACGAACCACGGCUAACAAAAAAAACAUAAAAAAAGUUUUUGAGUCAUUGCGAUUUGGUAUAUAUACAUGUGUACAAACUGAUGUGUGCGUGUGAAAUUGGUCUUGCCUUGAUUCAUAAGCUUUUUCUUCAUCUAUGGUAUCAAAAUAUGGUGAUAUCUCGUCAUAUUGUUGCUCAAUUGUAUCGGUCACAGCUUCGAACGGUUGCUGAACUCCUGUUGCAGUGUUGUCCAAGUAUCCGUCAGUUAUGUUAUUCGUGUACAUUUGAUUUGCCCACAUAGGAUCGGCAAAUUUCAUUUCAUUGUUGUCGUCAUAGUUUGGUAAAUCAGCGUGGGAGAUCCGCACGUUUAAAUUAUCAAUUGCAGGAGGUAGGGGAGACUGCGACGUCGAUGAGGAGGGGGCGAGCUGGAGGUGGGUGGAGGAGUGGUAGUACUGAUGCUGAUCGCUCUGAUACAUGGCGAUCUGGCUAUUGAUCCUUUCGAUUUCGGCCCGCAGCUGGCAGAUCUUAACCUGGAGGUCGACAAUGAGGCCGGCACAGCCGAUGUCGGGCAAGUACUCGCGGACGUUGGCCUCAUACAGGAUGGACUUCAUGGCCUCGGACUUCUGGACGGGGUCGAGAUCCUUGAGGAUGCGGAGGAUGUUGCUCACCCCGAACAGCCGGUGCGCGUUCUGGAACUGCUUCGGCUGGUCGGCCGGGAAGUACAGCGCGAGCGGGCAGUCUGCCGUGCACUUGCGGCGCUGGUGCUUGCAUGCGGCGCAGGCCGGCCGGCUCGUGCCGCCCUUUGCCAUCAUGCAAAACAAAGAAUAAGCAGCAGCAGCAGCAGCAGCAGAUGGAAUAGUAGAAGAAUAGAAGGUUGAAUGGUGUGGCUCCUGCAGUAGUCAUGAUGUUAGUAGCUGCAGCAUCAUAAGGUGGGGAGGGGAGAGGGAGUUGGAGUUUUGGAAUUCCGGACCGUUGGGGUUUGUUGAGAAGCAACGGUUGAAGUUAAGAAUGAGUCAAUGGACGUUUUAACUGAAGCGGAUCCAACUCGGGCGGUUUUGCUGAGUCAUCGAAUUGGUUGACACUUAAAUAUAAGGUAGGGUACUAAACAAAGGUUAAUUGCCCAGGACAAUUUUGCAAUUUUGCGGCCUUUUUGUUACUCAAAGGAUCCAUAUAAAAGAAAAGGAUUUAGAAUUAA